AUGCCAAAUCAUAUGAAAAACCUCACAGAGGACAUGAUCGUCUACGUCAUCGACCCGGGCAUGGUCGACAUCUCAUCGUAUCCAACAAUUAUGUUUUAUUAUAGGAUUGCUUCAGCCGAGGGGCUACUAACUGAUAUUGGAAUCCGCCCGUCUUGUCAAUUGCUCGCCAUAGCCUUUAUUCUGGUCGGCACAGUCUCCUCGCUAGAAUGCAUCAUAUUUAUCCGGCAGCAAUCCGUUCUACCAGCUGGACACUUGUUCAAAUUUGGAGAUCAGCGACUUGGCACCGGAAUCGCCGCUCAUCACAGCUUCCAGUUUUUGCUCACUGGCGCUCUGGCAAUGAUCGUUGUGCAAAAUGACGACUUGAGGUCGUUGGAGGAGCUGAAGGAGGACUAUCCCCGCUUGUACCCCUUCUUCAUCCAACGGGGCAGCUACGCAAUCGGGAAUACGGCUGGGGCGCAGGCGGUCGCCGUCCUGGGCGGCUUAUGCUUGUUUUAUAUCCUAAAAGCGAUCCCACGCUAUUCGGCCCUCAUCAUUGCCGAGCCAAAUGCCGCUCCCCAGUCAUGUGCC